AUGGCACUUUCAUAUUCGCUUUGCAGCCCUCUAUCGGCCAGAACCGCACUAAAGAAGUUUUCUUCAUCUCCCUACUCCUCCUUCACCAUGUCCUCCUCCUCUCCCUCCUCCUUCACCACAUCGUCCUCCUCUUCCUCCUCCUUCACCAUGUCCUUCUCCUCUCCCUCCUCCUUCACCACAUCGUCCUCCUCUUCCUCCUCCUUCACCAUGUCCUCCUCCUCUUCCUUCUCCUUCACCACGUCCUCCUCCUCUUCCUUCUCCUUCACCACAUCCUCCUCCUCUUCCUCCUCAUCCUCUUCCUCCUCCGUCACCACGUCCUCUUCCUCCUGCUCCUCCUUCACCAUGUCCUCUUCCUCCUCCUUCACCACGUCCUCCUUCUCUUCCUACUCCUUCACCACAUCCUCUUCCUCCCCCUUCAUCACGUCCUCCUCUUCUUCCUCUUCUUCCUACUCCUUUACCAAGUCCUCUUCCUCCUCUUUCACCAUGUCCUCCUCUUCUUCCUCUUCUUCCUACUCCUUCACCAAGUCCUCUUCCUCCUCUUUCACCAUGCCCUCCUCCUCUUCCUACUCCUUCACCACGUCCUCUUCCUACUCCUUCACCACGUCCUCCUCCUCUUUCUACUGCUUCACCACGUCCUCUUCCUCCUCUUUCACCAUGUCCUCCUCUUCUUCCUCUUCUUCCUACUCCUUCACCAAGUCCUCUUCCUCCACUUUCACCAUGCCCUCCUCCUCUUUCUACUCCUUCACCACGUCCUCUUCCUACUCCUUCACCACGUCCUCCUCCUCUUUCUACUGCUUCACCACCUACUCCUUCACCACAUCCUCUUCCUCCCCCUUCAUCACGUCCUCGUCUUCUUCCUCUUCGUCCUACUCCUUUACCAAGUCCUCUUCCUCCUCCUUCACCACGUCCCGUUCUUCCUCCUUCACCACAUCCUCCUCCUCUUCCUACUCCUUCACCAAGUCCUCUUCCUCCUCUUUCACCAUGCCCUCCUCCUCUUCCUACUCCUUCACCACGUCCUCUUCCUACUCCUUCACCACGUCCUCCUCCUCUUUCUACUGCUUCACCACGUCCUCUUCAUCCACUUUCACCACAUCCUCCUCCUCUUCCUCCUCCUUCACCACGUCCUCCUACUCUUCCUACUCCUUCACCACGUCCUCUUCCUCCUCCUUCACCACGUCCUCUUCCUCCUCCUUCACCACGUCCUCCUCCUCUUCCUACUCCUUCACCACGUCCUCUUCCUCCUCCUUCACCAUGUCCUCUUCCUCCUCCUUCACCACGUCCUCCUUCUCUUCCUACUCCUUCACCACAUCCUCUUCCUCCCCCUUCAUCACGUCCUCCUCUUCUUCCUCUUCUUCCUACUCCUUUACCAAGUCCUCUUCCUCCUCCUUCACCACGUCCUCCUACUCUUCCUACUCCUUCACCACGUCCUCUUCCUUCUCCUUCACCUUGUCCUUCUUUCCCUCCCCCUCUGCCUCCUCCUCUUCCUCUCCCUCUCCCUCAUCCUCUUCCUCUCCCUCCUCCUCUUCCUCGUCCUUCUCCUCAACCUAUUCCUUCAUUUCUCUGUGUAUUGAUUGUUUCAAAGCUCAGUGA